AUGGAAAGCUAUCUUAGCAAUAGAAAAAUUGUAACAGUUGUAGAAGGCUCGACAUCAGAUGAGUUACUGAUAUCCUGUGGUGUGCCACAAGGAUCGGUUCUGGGUCCUUUGCUUUGUUUGAUAUAUAUUAAUGAUCUACCAAAUGGUCUGGAUAGUACAACUCUGCUCUAUGCAGAUGAUGUAUCACUACAUCGGGAAGGUUCAGAUAUUCAAAGAGACUUUAUGAUUAUGAAUGAGGAUUUAGCUAAAGUUGAAGAUUGGUCUAAUAAGUGGAAGCUUGACUUUAACAUUAAAAAAUGUGUAUCAAUGUUCUUCACGCGUUCUAAUACAGUAACUACAUUGCCCACUUUGAAGAUUAAGUAUCAAUUGAUAGAAAAUGUUACUGAGCAUAAACAUUUAGGUUUGCUUUUUAUCCCUAAUCUUGAUUUGAGUUGUCAUAUUCAAUCAACAGUUAGUGGUUGUUCUCCAGUAGCAGAUGGUAUGAAAUAUUUGAGUCAGUUCCUAUCGCGUCAAGCACUGAAGCUGAUUUACAACUCAUAUAUUCUUACUCAGAUAAACUAUGCCUCUGUAAUUUAUUGUGGAAGCACACAAAAAGUUCUUGGACCACUACAUACAAUACAAUAUAAUGCAGCAUUAGCUGCUAGUGGAACGGUGGGAGGUUCUUCGAAUGAGAAAGUGUGCAUAGAAUUAGGAUGGAUUCCACUAACUGUUAAGCACACAAAUACAGUUGAACAGUUAGUUAAAUAUUCCAUUUCUGAAAUACAUCGUCUUUGUUUGUUUUUUAAAAUAUUAAGAGGUAGAACUAUCAUUGAUUUACCAUCUUCCUUCAUUCAACAUACUACUUAUACGAAAGAGCAUAAUCUUCGUAGUCAGAAUAGCAAUCUUUUGCCUUCUACUAAAGCUGGUCUGCAAGUGUAG